CGGGGACAGCCGGCCCCGCUGCCCUCAGCCCUCCCUCAUCCCCUCCACCCCCGGCGGGGCUCCGCUACCGACCCGCGGCAGGAGGACUCUGCUCCUGUCAGCACAGCUCUGUUUCACUGCUCUCUGGGUGAACAGGUGAAGCCAGCCCAGAGAGGGACCUCACUCACCUUUUAAUGAACAUCAGAAAACAGGUUCAGCUGGUCACUCAUUGAUCUUUUUAUUGCCACUCCUGGUUGUCCAAAUCCUGCUCUCAUCAUGGCCUAAGCCUCAUUAUUGAGGGCUUGUUCUGUGUGGAUGUUCCAAUGGCACUGAAGCAGUGCCACGGCCUCCUACCCGGCAGAGCUGCUCCCCAGAGCCAGAGGGAUGGUGGUAGUCACGGGGCAGAGCAAAGCGAGUGCCACCCCGGAUGAUGCCAUGUCGAGCUCGGAUGCAGAGGAUGAUUUCCAAGAGCCGGCCACUCCCACCGCCACCCAGGCAGGACAAGCGCUACCUCUGCUGCCCCAGCAGUUCCCAGAAGUUGUCCCUCUGAACGUGGGGGGGAUGUUCUUCACCACCAGACUGUCGACGCUGCGCAGGUACGAGGACACCAUGCUGGCAGCCAUGUUCAGUGGCAGGCACUACAUCCCCACAGAUGCUGAGGGCAGGUACUUCAUCGACAGGGAUGGCACCUACUUCGGAGACAUACUAAACUUCCUACGGUCGGGUGAGCUGCCCCCCCGAGAGCGAGUGAGGUCAGUGUACAAGGAGGCUCAGUAUUAUUCCAUAGGACCCUUGCUAGACAAUCUAGAGGAUAUCCAGCCUCUUAAAGGAGAAAAAGUUAGACAAGCUUUCCUGGGCCUAAUGCCAUAUUACAAAGACCACCUGGAGCGGAUCAUCGAGAUCGCCAAGCUGCGGGCCAUGCAGAGGAAGGCCAGGUUUGCCAAGCUCAAGGUGUGCGUGUUCAAGGAGGAGAUGCCCAUCACCCCCUACGAGUGCCCCCACUUCAACUCCCUGCGCUUCGAGCGCAGCGAGAGCGAGGCCAAGCUCUUCGAGCACCACUGCGAGGUGGACGUGUCCUUCGGGCCCUGGGAGGCCGUGGCCGACGUCUACGACCUCCUGCACUGCAUCGUCAGCGACCUGUCGGCGCGCGGCAUCACCGUGGAGCACCAGUGCAUCGGCGUCUGCGACAAGCACCUCAUCAACCACUACUACUGCAAGCGCCCCAUCUACGAGUUCAAGAUCACCUGGUGGUGACCGGGGGCACAGAGAAGGGUCAGGGGACUGCCACGGGACAAAUGUGCUUUCAGGGUCACCUGGUGGUGGCACAUCGAGGGGUGAGAGGACUUCU